AGUCGGCCUGUCCGAGAUUGCGCGGGCUUUUGUCGAGCUUUCGUGCUUGCGAUGCAGUUCAGUCGUCUCUCGUCCGUCCGCGUUCGCCAGUCGGCCGCGACGAUGUGGUCCAUCCGAUUCGCAAACAAUUUGUCGUAUCUUCGCCGAAACACCGUCGACGAUCUAGGACGAUUCAGAUCGAGAAUCUUUCGUACAACCCUAUUAUUUGGAUUAUUUAUGGAUGAUAGUGCGCGAUAAAAAUUGUUAAAUCGACUUUCCGAAAAAAAGAAACUAAUUGCUUCGUCCUGUAUCGUACGAGAUAAGGGUCAAUCAUGGACAAGUUGCACGAGUACGAGGGAUUCGCGGGCAGGAUUCACGGUGUCCGCGAAGCCAUCAAGGAACGAUGGAGCGUGUGGAAAGAAUGGAAAAACGGACUGAAUCUGGAUCAAGGUCUGGACGGAUUGGUACAUCAUCUACGAGGGCCGCCCAAGCUGGAGCGCACGUUGGAAGACUAUUCUCACAUCUACAGAAGGAAAAGCCGUGCCGAAUUGGUUCGAGUCUCGGCAGCUGUAAUGGGGAUCGAGUUCUCGUACGCGGCGGAAACCGCCUUCGUCUCGCCGACUCUGUUGAAGAUCGGUGUCGAUCACCAGCGUAUGACCCUUGUCUGGGCGCUGAGUCCUCUUGUAGGCUUCUUCGUCACGCCUAUCCUGGGCAGCAUGAGCGAUCGCUGUAAACUCAAGCAAGGCAGGAGGCGACCCUUCAUUCUCUUGCUGGCCAUCGGAGUUUUCAUAGGCCUCAUUCUGGUGCCGAAUGGUGAACACAUCGGUUACCUAUUCGGCGAUAGGCCGUCUCAUGAGAACGAGACGAUUCCCCUCGGACAUCGCACAACAGCAAAGCUGGCCACAAAGGAGACGUCUGAAUCCGUUGAAAGAGCUUCUUCGCACUCCUGGGGCAUCCUCUUCACGAUUCUCGGCACGGUGCUACUCGACUUUGACGCCGACGCUUGUCAAAGUCCAGCGAGAGCUUAUCUUCUCGAUGUCACUAUACCUGAGGAUCACGCUAGAGGCUUAAGCACAUUCACCAUAAUGGCGGGCCUAGGUGGCUUCAUGGGCUACGGUUUAGGUGGCAUCAAUUGGGACGCUACCUCGCUUGGUGUUAUGCUAGGCGGACACGUGCAAGUGACCUUCACUCUGAUCACAAUCAUCUUCGUCAUUUGCGUGAUAUGUACGAUCACCAGCUUUAAGGAAAUCCCACUCGAAGUUCUCGAGAAAGAUCAGUACAGGCAGACGGAAGAGUCCAAGGCGACGGAAGAAAUUCAGGAGACGGAGAACAAGCGAAACGAACGCGAAAAGAUCAUUCACGAUGAGUCGAGGACCUACGGUGCUCUCGAUGUUGAACGCGAGGCGGAACCCCCGAAGAGAGAAGAGCUCGCCAACGAUCCGCAACUCUCCGAUCAUCUUGAAGAACCCAUUUCCGGAGGUAGCCACGUCAACUAUGGCUUUGAGAGUGAAACAAAUCCCAGAGCGACCUUGAAGGAAUAUCUGAUGUCAAUCAUUUACAUGCCGCAAAGUCUCCGUCAGGUCUGUUUGACAAAUCUGUUCUGUUGGAUGGCACACGUGUGUUACUCCCUAUACUUCACGGAUUUCGUAGGCGAGGCAGUUUAUGGCGGAAAUCCGCGGGCACUUGCUAACACUGACGAACGAGAGCUCUACGAGGAGGGUGUGCGAUUCGGAUGCUGGGGAAUGUCCAUGUACUCGCUGUCCUGCUCGUGCUACUCGCUCAUCAUCGAGCGAUUGAUUCAGCGUUUUCGCGCGCGUAAGGUUUACGUCUACGGGCUGCUCUUCUACAGCGUCGGUAUGUUGCUGAUGGCUCUGACGAAGCACCAGGUCGGUGUCAUCGUCUUCUCGUGGACCGCCGGCGUCAUGUACUCCACGUUGUUCACCAUGCCGUAUCUACUGGUUGCGCAUUACCACACGUCCUCGACCUUCGCCCUCACGAACGACUCGACGGUUUCCGGCGGUUUCGUGCGCGGUCUGGGAACCGACGUCGCCAUCGUCUCGUCCAUGGUGUUCCUCGCGCAAUUCCUGCUGUCCUGUUGCCUGGGCACGAUCGUCAGCCUCACGGGUUCCACCGCUGCGGUGGUGUACGUGGCCAGUGUUCUGGCCAUGUGCGGCGCAGCCUCGGCUACGCGGAUCAUGUAUCUGGACUUGUGAAUCUCGGUUCGUCAAUUGAUCGAAGAGACUUACUAAGCUAGCUUCAUCGUUUUAUCUUUGCCAACUAUAUUUGAUUAAUAAACCGACUUCAUUGUCAUUACACGAAACGCAGCCAAGUGUUUCAGAUAUUACUGUUGUACUAAUUGUGCAUUUUAAUUAUCCAGGCACUUAUUCUCCCUAAGCCGAUAUAGAACUCGAUUAAUUAACGGACAGAAUUCGAAGGACGGAUAUUGUGUGUAUACAAUAUGUAUAACAUGUGUAUAACGAAUAAACGAUCGAUGUACAAAUUUCA